AUGUCAGCCCAUCGCUCCUACUAUCAUGACAUCGCAGAGAGUUAUAAGGCCGGGGAUUUCGCGACAGCGGCAAAGCUCUUCUCGGCUUACCCGGAAGGGAACGACCCUCUCCCGAGUCUGGCGAUUCUGAGUGACGCUAUUGUACAACCAGACGGCAACGCGCAGAAUGGCAGCUACUUCAUAAUUACCAAGGGAUGCUCCAGUCUCAGUGGGUCGCCCACGAAGUCAAAGCCGUCGCACGUGUACGACAAGGUGGCGACGAUCUCGCACUACUGGGGUGAAGGUUACUACCACUUCUUCGGGGAGAACCUCGUCCGGCUGCCGAUGGCGAUCGAAUACUUGUCGUCUAUCAGGGAGAAAAGCUACAUGGUCCACGUUAAGACCAAGAACCAGUUCACUCAGAGCGCACUGGCCCUGCUCGGCAUAUCCUCCAGCAGGCUCGUCGAUGGACUCGUGGGGGCGAAGACCCUCUACAUCCCCGAGCCGACGCCAUGCGGAACUCCCUCAGCGCCUGCGCUGAGACUGAUGCGCAUGUCGCUGCUACGAGCGGCGUUGGGGGGUCAGGACCCGGAGCAGGCGGAGAGGAGGGAGAGCAACAACAAGUGUGUGGUCAUGGUGGUGCAGAGGAGGAAGGCGUCGAGGAGCAUCUCGAACCACGAGGAGCUGGUGAAGGCGCUGCGGGAGGGGCUGGAGGGUUGCGAGGUGCGGGUGCAUGACGGGAAGGGGGAGGUGCGGGAGCAGCUCAUGCAGUUUAGACAAGCGAAAAUUGUUGUCGGUCCACAUGGCGCCGGACUGAGCAACAUGAUCGCAUGCCGGGUGGGGACGGUGGUGGUGGAGUUCCUGCCGGCUGAGAAGCACGUCAACGUCUGCUACAUGGCCAUGGCGCUCAAGCUCAUGCUCCGCUACAUCGGCAUCACGCCUGAGGGCGCGACACAGUGGGGUCCCAUGACGGUCAACGUGAGCCUGGCAAUGGAGAUGCUGAGGAAGCACUGGAAGACCGUGCCCGGGAUGCUCCAAGGAAGAGGAGGAGGAAGGUAG